CUCAUUUUCACGUUUUCAAAAGAAACGAAAAAGAUUUUAAAUCUGUAACAAAGUCUAUUCACCCCCCCCCCUCUAGACUUUGUAUUUCACCACUUUGGGACCACCAAUUGGUAUCGGAGCUAACUUCUCACUAUCUACGUUUAGAUUAACGAGAAGCGAUCAUAAUGGUGAACAAUAUGGAUCACGGUUUGCCCAAGUUUUCUCUCUUAGGUUAUGAUGAAGGAAGAAACCUGGAAAACUACACUGUUCAAGGUCUCCUUGAUGAACUCAGAACCUAUGAGCAUGAGCUGAAAAAGAAGGAAGAACAAGUCACUCCCUUCCCCACGGCAUUGAUGACAACUUCAAGAAUUCCAUCAAGUGAAGGGACAUGCACAAGAAACUGUGACACACCUUCCUCCAGCCAUCCGUCAAGCUCAAAAAUGGAGAACUACGAAGAGGAAUUUGCCAUGAUGGUCAAACAAUUCCGGAAGUUCAAGAAGUUCUUCAAGAAGGCUGAUUCAAUCAGAAGGCCAUCCAAGGGAAAGCCACAGGUAAGUGACUCCCCUCCUGAAUCUUAUUUAUGCUAUAACUGCGGGAAGCCUGGCCACUGGAACUCAAGCUCGGAUGAAGAAGCCCUCGUCUGCAUGGAGCGCAGAGUUGAGAAGUCCAACCAUGAGGAUAGGUGGACUAUGUCAGAAGAUGACACUCUCUGCCUAAUGGCCAAAGAUGAUGCUGAUCAAGAGGCUCCGAAGGAUUUUUUGAACAAGAUCUUUGUUCGAGUAUGUUUUACCAAGGACAUGGAGAUCGUUGAUGAUCUUUAAAAAUUGGUCGAACAUUUGAUCAACGCUUUCAAUUUCCUUCAUUUUAAACAACUCAUAUUCAUGGGUUAGAAAAUCAAUUUUAGCUUCAUGG